AUGUCCCUAAAUAACUCUUCCGUCCCUAAAUGGGUUCUUGAUUUACAAUCUCCCCCGGCGUCCAAAUCGAAAUCCGGCAGCAUCCCCGAUCCACCCGGUUACCCAUCGCAAUCCAGCGCAUUAUCAAAGAAACAAGCUUCCAAAGAAGCCAAGGUUCAACCCCGAAAGCAGCCGACACCCGAAGAAAUGGACACGUUGAAGUUGAAGAAGGCCUGGGAGGUAGCCCUCGCACCUGUCAAGAACUUGCCUAUGACUGCCAUCAUGAUGUAUAUGUCAGGCAACUCGCUACAAAUAUUCAGCAUUAUGAUGGUCUUCAUGGCUUUCAAGAAUCCUAUAAUGGGCAUUAUCGCGACAAAUCAAGCGUUCGAGAGGUUCGAGAGUGAGACCAACAAAGGGAAGAUAAUACAGGCAAAGUUGGCCUAUGUGGCCAUGCAGAUCGUAGCAUUGGGGGUUGGAUUAUGGAAAAUAAAUGCUAUGGGCCUAUUACCAACCACAAGAUCGGACUGGCUUGCUUGGGAAGCCCAGCGAGAGCCAUUGGAACUUGCAGUCACUGCUUUAUAA